CGGCGAUCUGGGCGUCGUCCAGCUGCUGGUCACGUUGGGCGCCGACGUCAAUCAGCCGCAGUUGUUCAGUGGGCGCACGCCCCUGAUGGUCGCCCUCUACCGGGGCGCGCUCCCAGUCGCCCAGUUUCUCGUCGACAAAGGCGCCCAAACGGACAGCCGGGACAUCAACGGGCUGUCCCUGCUGCACCACGCAGUGGACUCGGGACAGCCGGACAGCGUCCAGUUCGCCCUGGACGCGGGGGCGGACAUCGACCUGCAGGACUGCAGCGGCUGGACGCCCCUGAUCAGGGCAGCCAUCCACGGCCACGCCCACAUCGCCGCCCUCCUGCUGGCCAGGGGGGCGGAGCGGGGGCGGCGCGACGCCCACGGCCUGGACUACGCGCGCCACCGCCAGCUCAGCGGCGCCCCCUGCUGAGGAACAGAAGACAAAAACUAGGCAAAUCUACACGCUUAUAAUCUCUUAUAAUCAAGUACAGUAGCUUAACCUCAAUAAAAGCCGAACCUGAACCUAA